UCGUUUCUCCAGAAGUAGAAAGGACGACUUACCAAUUUAGGGUGAGGUGAUGAGCAUAAAAAUACCAGGUGCCUACCAUAACAAGAUGUCGUCUGUAGUGUCUCAAUAUAUUACAACAAUUAUCUGUGGAAAUCAAGGAUGUUUGGAAUUCAAGCAGCUUGACCAGAUCGUUGGUCAAAAGUUCCCUGUUGCAGAUGAGGUUCUACUUGAAAUACUUCGUGACAGCGGAAAAUAUGCCAUCAGUGAAGGCAAAGAAAAGGCUUCGGGUCGUGUUAUGAGCCAGGACAGUGUUAUUGUUGCUAAGACUUCACUACGAGUCUGUCAAAGCUCACCUAGAGAGUGUCUCCAGUGCGACAACUUACACUUGUGCAAACACUUUGUAUGCGGUAACUGCAAGUACGGGAACAAGUGCAAAAAGGCCCACAGUCUAGAUUCCCCACAAAACACAGCUGUUAUAAGUAAGGUGGGUCACCAUGACCUGGGUGAGGCAGAGAUGUUCCAACUCCUGCUGCAGAAUGACCCCUACUUGAUGCCUGAGAUCUGCUUCCAUUACAACAAGGGCUUUGGUGAGCAUGGCACCUGCAAGUUUAAAACCAGCUGCACAAGCCUCCACCUCUGCCUGCACUUCCUCCAGGGUGACUGUAGGUUUGGUGCUGGUUGUAAGAGGGCCCACACGUUCGACACCCCCGCAAUGAAGAUUCUAAACAGCAGAGGAUUCAGCCUAGAGAACAUCAAGAUCCUCCACGUUAUCUUCAAGAAUAAGUUCAUCAUCAUGACUCACAAAGAAAAUCCAGCUGUACCACCCUUCCUUACUCCAGUCAUGAAGCCAGUUGGGAAACAACGUUCUCGUCAGCCCUCCUCCAGCUCCACCAGUGAGACUGACAGGAAUGAAAUCUGCCUCUUCUUCAUCCGCGGUCACUGCAGCUUCAAAGAGACAUGUGUCCGUGUCCACUACCAUCUGCCUUACAAAUGGCAGAUCUUAGAGGGACAUGGAGUGACUUGGAGAGACCUGGCCAAUGUAGAGGAGAUUGAGAAGGCCUACUGUAACCCAGGAAAUGACACAAGUGGAGGAAGUGAGCCUGUGAACUUCCUCACCAUGACAUGUGGAAGCCGUCCAGUUCGUCGUCUGUCCACUGUGUCAUCCGUAACCAAACCCCCUAACUUCAUCCUUACCACAGAGUGGCUGUGGCACUGGAGAGAUGAUCGUGGCCAGUGGAUAGAGUAUGGCCAUGAGGAUGAUGAUGGGAAUGUGGCCUCUGUCACUUCCCAGACUCUGGAGAAUUCUUACCAAACUGACUCUGACAGCAAGAUUCUAUUUGAAGAUCGGGGGUACAUUCUCAAUCUCAAAGAGAUGCAUCAGCAGAAUAUUAGAUUUACAACCAAAAUAGCAAUUUGUAGAAGGCCCCGUUUUCUCUCUGAGGAAGAGCUGAAGGCCAAGCUGAAGAGUGAGUCUAAGGAGAGCUCCAGCUCCUCUGUGACUGUCCCUCCACACUGGGACAAGGGAGUCUUGUCUGACUCCACAGACUACAAGCUGGUUCCACUCUCAAGCCAGAUAGAAGAGUACCAAAAGAUGGAGAAGCUGUUCAAACAUACCAUGGCCAGCAGCACCAUCCACAGCAUCAAACGGAUCCAGAACCCCUCACUCUGGAAGGUCUUCCAGUGGCAGAAGGAACAGAUGAUGAAGAAGAAUGGAGGGAAACCGGUUUACGAGAGAAACUUGUUUCACGGCACAGAUGAGUCUAUCAUAGAUGCCAUCUGUGAACAGAACUUUGACUGGAGGACCUGCGGUGUCAAUGGAACACCUUAUGGUCAAGGGAGCUACUUUGCUAGAGAUGCCUCAUUCUCCAACAACUACAUCAAGUCUCAGAGCAGGAGCCAGAAGAUCAUGUUUGUGGCUCUGGUCUUGGUUGGAGAGUUCACCAAGGGACAUGACAAUUACCGUCGUCCCCCUCAGAAAGGCACCAGCAUGGUCCUCUACGACAGCUGUGUCGACUCACAACACAACCCAUCCAUUUUUGUUGUGUUUGAGAAACAUCAGAUUUAUCCUGAAUUCCUAAUUGAGUACUCCUAAAAUCCACAGGGGUCCAUACCAAUGUCUUGCACUGAAGACAACAGAUAUUU